GAGUUAAUAGAGUCUCUUCCUCCUAAAGCUUUCUCGGAUAUGUUUGGCUCUGCUGCUACUUCCUUAUCAAGGCCUCUUCUUAUCCUUAUAGACAGGGACUUUGACUUGCUGACGAUGCUGCAGCACACAUGGCUGUAUGGGGCCCUUAUACAUGACCUCCUUGAAUUGAGGCGCGAUGUAUUCUGGCGGGACCACGCCUUCUCUCCCUUCCCUGUUGCUGCUGCUGCUGUUAGCCAAAUGCUGACGGAGUAUAACGCAGAGUUAGCUAAGGUGGGGGGGAGACCACAAGACGCUUUCUCCCAACCAGAGGGUGAUAUUUCUUCGGACAUUCUUAAGGCAGUAGAUGUCUUACCUGAUUUAGCGGAUAAAAAAAGAUCAUUAGAUGCACAUACAACUAUUGCUACUUCUCUUGUCUCCUCUAUUAAGGAUAGAGAAUUAGAUCGGUAA